CACGUCACUUCCUGUUGCUUUAGGGGAACGUGGCUUUCCCCACAGUGCACGUCUUCCCUUCUGCGUCUCUGCUGCAGCUGCCGGAGCUGGAGUCGGACCCCGAGUGCAGCCUUGCCAUGGACUCCGCCCUCAGCGACCCGCAUAACGGCAGUGUCGAGGCAGGCGGCCCAACCAACGGCACGACGCGGCCGCCUUCCACGCCCGAGGGCAUCGCGCUGGCCUAUGGCAGCCUCCUGCUCAUGGCGCUGCUGCCCAUCUUCUUCGGCGCCCUGCGCUCCGUUCGCUGCGCCCGCGGCAAGAAUGCCUCGGACAUGCCCGAGACCAUCACCAGCCGGGACGCUGCCCGGUUCCCCAUCAUCGCCAGCUGCACGCUCUUGGGGCUCUACCUCUUUUUCAAAAUAUUCUCCCAGGAGUACAUCAACCUCUUGCUGUCCAUGUAUUUCUUCGUGCUGGGAAUCCUGGCCCUGUCCCACACCAUCAGCCCCUUCAUGAAUAAGUUUUUUCCAGCCAACUUCCCAAAUCGACAGUACCAGCUGCUCUUCACCCAGGGCUCUGGGGAGAACAAGGAAGAGCCCACAGCCAUGCCCUCCUCCGUCCAGGGGCUGACAGGUGGGAGGGGCAGCCCCGCCCCGGGGAGUGGACUUACCCGGCCUCUCUGCCCAGAGAUCAUCAACUAUGAGUUUGACACCAAGGACCUGGUGUGCCUGGCCCUGAGCAGCAUCGUUGGUGUCUGGUACCUGCUGAGGAAGCACUGGGUCGCCAACAACCUCUUCGGCCUGGCCUUCUCCCUUAACGGGGUGGAGCUCCUGCACCUGAACAACGUCAGCACCGGCUGCAUCCUGCUGGGCGGGCUCUUCGUCUACGAUGUCUUCUGGGUAUUUGGCACCAAUGUGAUGGUGACAGUGGCCAAGUCCUUUGAGGCACCAAUAAAAUUGGUGUUUCCCCAGGAUCUGCUGGAGAAGGGCCUGGAAGCGGACAAUUUUGCCAUGCUGGGACUCGGAGACAUCGUCAUUCCAGGAAUCUUCAUCGCCUUGCUGCUGCGUUUUGACAUCAGCUUGAAGAAGAACACCCACACCUACUUCUACACCAGCUUUGCAGCCUACAUCUUCGGCCUGGGCCUGACCAUCUUCAUCAUGCACAUCUUCAAACACGCCCAGCCUGCACUCCUGUACCUGGUCCCCGCCUGUAUCGGCUUUCCUGUCCUGGUGGCACUGGCCAAGGGAGAAGUGACAGAGAUGUUCAGCUACGAGUCCUCAGCGGAAAUCCUGCCUCAUACCCCGAGGCUCACCCACUUCCCCACAGUCUCGGGCUCCCCAGCCAGCCUGGCGGACUCCAUGCAGCAGAAGCUAGCUGGCCCUCGCCGCCGGCGCCCGCAGAAUCCCAGCGCCAUUUAUGAGGAGUCAAAUCCUAAGGAUCCAGCAGCAGUGACAGAAUCCAAAGAGGGAACAGAGGCCUCGACAUCGAAGGGGCUGGAGAAGAAGGAGAAAUGAUGCGGCUGGUGCCUGACCCUCUCUGAGGGCCAGACACACGGGUGGGGUGGUCCCCCGCACACGGACCCGCACGACCGCAGUCCUGCUGAAGGGGACCGGCGGCUCCGGGAGAGGGGCAGGGGCAGCAGGCUCCCUCCAGCGGGGCCUCCGGGGCCUGGUUCCCUCUCCCCCGUCUCUGGCCUCGCUGUGCCCCUCCCCAUCCCUGCCCGCAAAGGAAGCCCCCAACUGCCCCCACCCCCCCAGGUGCCAGGUGGGAAAAGUGGGUCUGAUUUUUAGACUUUUGUAUUGUGGACUGACUUUGCCUCGCAUUAAAAACUCAUCCCAUUGCCCGGGCA